CAGGGACAAUCGGCUCGCUGAACGGCCACUAUUUAGGGGGCUUUACCUUUGUCAACAGUGCCGAAUGCCUCAGGGGGGCCAGUAUGUUCCUGCUCACCUCUUCAACAAUGAACUCUAAUGUUCGCUGGCCUGCAGUGGUGCUGGGGGGAGAGCUUGGGAUGUCUGAUCUCAGAUAUGGCCUCACAUGAAGGAGAAGAGCGCGGGAGAACGGCAGAGGCCCUGUGCCUGGAGAUCCGGCCCCUGCAGAGGGCUUCACUUAGGGUCAGACUUGCCCACAGAAAGGCCUUCAGUCUGGACUACACGGACACCCAUCGUCAAGCAGACUGUGAACUCUGGGAUGGACAUACACUAAGGUCUAGGACCAGUCAGCAGGCCUCCGCUUCCCUAUGCCCUCCCAUGAUGCUUUCCAGGAGGUCUGGUGUUAUUGGCAGAGGCUCUGGUGAGGAUCAGGAAUUGAGCCGCAGAGCUCAUCUGAUGUCUCUCAGCAGCUCUGAGGAGGAAUUGGAGACUGAUGGAGCUCUAGCAGGGCUCAACGGAGCUUCAUCCCAGCUCACCAUCUCUCCCACGGGGGAACGACGUCUGAGUAAAAGAGAGAGAAGGAGGAUGAGGAGCCUGAGAAGGAGACAGCGAAGGAGAGAUCUCUGCCGACUAGAAAAUCUGCAGGGCUCUACAGGACAGCCAUCCAGCAGCAGCAGUGAGGAUGAGGACGAGCGUGAGGGCUUCAUCUGUGCUGUGUGUCUGGAUGUUUAUUUCAGCCCAUACAUGUGUCACCCCUGCAGCCAUGUCUUCUGUGAGCCCUGCCUCCGGACGCUGGCCAAAAAUUGCCCCAGCAACACUCCCUGCCCACUCUGCAGGACCACCAUCACACACGUCUUCUUCCAGAAGGAACUGAACCAUACAGCUCGUACCUUCUUCCCAAAGGAAUACCUGUCUCGAAAACAGAAUUUCCAGAAAGCGAGCUGUGCAAAAUGGCCUCUUCCAAGCUGCCGUAAACUGUUUCGCAUUUUUGGAGGCUUUCAAAGGCAGGCAAGUCCAAUCGGCAGACGCCAGUUCCCUCACGGCAGCUACCGGCUUGAUGCCUUCAACUUUGAGGAUGAUUCGCAUGGCUGGCGAUUUGACAUGGACAUGGUGAUCAUCUAUAUAUACUCCGUCAACUGGGUCAUUGGCUUCAUUAUCUUCUGCUUCUUCUGCUAUUUCUUCUUCCUCUCAUUUUAAAACGAAAGCACAGGAAGCUGUCACAGUAUUUCAGAUCUUUUAUGACAAUACAGAAGUCUGAAAGAAAGGAAUUGCGUGCUGCUACUACUUCUGGAUUUAUAUGAAAAAACACCAAUCAUUGAGCCAAAUGCAUUCAUACUGUUUCAAUGAUAAUGAUUUUUGUGCAGAAUUUAUGCAGAAUUGUGACUGCUUUGGAUUUGGAUCACAUGAGUGGACUAUUCAGUUUACAGCAAGAUGAAUUUGCAUGCUCUAUAUUCUGUAUAAAUACAUUGUUACACGGGUCACACU